UGAACGCUUUCCAUUGACGUCAUCAGUUCGCGACACGGCGUGUUGUCAGUGAAGGACGAAGGGAGAUAACUGGAAUGAAAUAACAGCCGCUUCAAGGGGGUUGACAAUAGGGGCAGAGUGAUGGCGGUGUCGUGUCUGACCCGAGCGCUGCGCUCACUAACAGUUGCCCAGAAUGCACCGCUGCUGUCUCAGGUGAGUAGAGGAGCACUUGUCCAGUCGGAAUUAUACAGUGGUGCUUAUAUCAGUAUGUGUGUGUGUGUACAGGUGGUGGCACAAGUGAAGCCAGCACCACAGAGAAGUGUGUUAGGUGCUGCUGGACUUAGCAGAGGCUUCAUGACGACGACCACACUGGACCAGAACAACAGGUUCUGGAAGAUCAGGGAGAAAUACACCGUCAGACCCAUCGGCAUGAGGAAGACUGGAGGGCGAGAUCACACAGGAAGGAUCCGCACUCAUGGCAUCGGCGGUGGCCACAAACAGAGGUACCGGAUUAUUGACUUCCACCGACUGCGCUACGAACCUCAGAAAGAGGGGGUGCCGUUUGAGGAGAAGGUGGUGGAAGUACGAUACGACCCAUGCAGAUCGGCUGACAUCGCCCUUGUCGCUGGGGGGAACCGCAAACGUUGGAUCAUUGCUACGGAGAAAAUGCAGGCUGGGGACAUCAUCAAAACAUCUGGAGUGAUCGGACGCAUGGCAGUCUCGGCCAAUGAAGGAGACGCUUAUCCACUGGGGGCUCUUCCUGUGGGAACGCUGAUCAACAACCUGGAGGUCCAGCCUGGAAAGGGGUCGGAAUACAUCCGCGCAGCAGGAACAAGUGGUGUUCUACUGCGCAAAGUAAAUGGAACGGCCAUCGUCCAGCUGCCGUCCAAGCUGCAAGUACAGGUUCAGGAGACCUGUAUGGUAACAGUAGGCCGCGUGUCCAACAUCGACCACAACAAACGGAUCAUCGGCAAAGCUGGUCGGAACCGCUGGCUCGGCAAACGCCCCUCCAGCGGCUUGUGGCAGAGGAAAGGCGGCUGGGCCGGACGCAAGAUCAAACCUCUGCCGCCCAUGAAGAGUUUCGUCAACAUACCGUCGGUCAUCCCCAAAUGAACCCUGUAAAGACUGUGAAUAAAGAGUCCGU